UUUUUAUCUCUACUUGUUGAAUGUUGGUUAUCUUUUGUCUUUUCAAUUUUCAUGUUUCAUCAAGUUGGAGAAUAAUAAUUAAAAAAUUGUGUUGAAAAAAACAAUUACUUAAUAUUUGGUGAUUAAUACAAAAAAGAGGGUAAACAUGACGUCAAGCUUACCUAUACCAGCUGAUGUAUUGAAAACACUUGUGUGCAUAAGAUGCCGCAAUUAUCUUUCUGUGUUUCCAACUUACACCAAAAAUGAUGGUACCGGCGCCGUAUGUGGUAGAUGUAAAAUAGGAGAGGACGACAUGUUUGUGCGAGAUGAAGCCUAUGAAAGUAUAGCUCAAUUUUUUCCAUUUGCGUGUAGAUUUGCUAAGUCUGGUUGUAAAGAUAACCUUGUGCCGGCUAUACUCGAGCAACAUGAACUGUUCUGCGAAUUUAGAAUGUUCGAUUGUCCAUCUAAAAAUUAUUCCAAUUGCACUUGGACAGGACCUCGUACUGACAUUGUCAAACAUUUCUCCACUGAUCAUUCAACUCUGUUGCUGAAAGAGCCUAGCUUUGAAAUUAAUUUUCUUUGCUCCAUAGAAGAAUGUCUACUUCUUCCCUUUGGCAAUGAAGUAUUUAAUGUUAAAAAAGAAGUUGAUGCCAGGAAAGGUGUAUUCUCCUGCUCUGUUGAACAUAUAAAUGUCACCGAAAAAUCUGAUACCUUUAACUAUUUCUUAAGGAUUGUCAGCGGCAAUAAAAACUUUUUCUUUACAUGCGCUCAGAAAAAUACAAGCAGUGAACAACGGCUAAAUACUACUCAUUUAACAAUUGAAAAUGUUAAACAAAAACUUCAAGAUCCAGACUCUGUCACCGUAACUAUUGAAAUAGUGAAGGCAGAGGAGCCUACAACAAAAGUAGAAGAAAUUCCAAUAGAAGAAAAAGCUGAUAUUAAACAAAAUCCAAAUAUCAUCUGGGCACUUCUUGCGAAUUUGGAGUGUCCUGUUUGUUUAGAUUAUAUGCUUCCACCUAUAUACCAAUGCGCCAACGGCCAUAGUUACUGUGAACCAUGUAAGAAAAAAGUUGAAAUUUGUGGUCUUUGCAAAGUACCUGUCCAUGAUACCAGGAACUUUACUCUAGAAAAAAUGACAGAGCAUUUAACGUAUCCUUGUAAGUAUCAUAAAGCUGGCUGUACGUAUUCCUGCAUUUCAACUGAAAUACGAGAUCAUGAAACUUGCUGUGAAUUUGGACCAUUCAUUUGCCCGCUAAAAGACACCACCAACUGUGACUGGCAAGGCAGUCAUUCCAGAGUACUUGACCAUAUCGAUAAUAAUCACAAUGAAGUCGUUUUAAAAUCCGAUCAAGUCACUAUACCUUUUAAUAAAAAAGACACGAAGAGUUGUUAUGUAAUCAAAUAUGACAAGAAGAUUUUCCAAUUUGAUUAUAAGUAUGACGAGCAAAAGCUUUAUUUGUCUGUCAGGAUAAUUGGACGAUCCACAGAUGCUAAAGAGUAUAGAUUUGAGGCCGAUGUAAUCGAUUUAGGUGGAUUAAAGAGAAAAUGCUUUAAUGUGGGUUUAGUUUCAGCAAUUUCAUCUGCAGAUGAACGCUUCAAGGAUGGCAAAUGUGUUAAAAUUUAUCUUGAACAAAUUAUUGGUUUUUAUUCUGAUACUAUUAACUUACGAAUCAGAAUCGUCAAAGGCUAAAUAUUUUUAAGUUUGUAUUUUAUUUUUGUAUUUGUUAUCCAUUAGAUUUAAGCAUUUUGUAUUUGUUAACCAUUAGAUACUAGAAUAACUAACCAUGAUAUUCCAUUUCUUGUUUCAUUAGGGUAAGGUGGGGCACACCCUUUUAUUCAUAUUUGAUUUUAAUUGUAUCACUGCUUCAAUUGGAUUACUUCUGCCAAAUCGAGGUACGUGCACGAAGUACUUUGACAAUGAGCUUUAUUUAAAAAAGAUCCCAAAUCUUGUGACAUUUCACGAUUAGUAGUCAUGAUUUUUUUCCUUACAUAUCGCCAUAGCGCACUUGCCCCGUCAGUUUGAGGUAACUGCGUCUUCUGGGCGUAGUUUUAUAUAUUUUCCUUGAAUUGCAUUACGGGGUAAGUGUACUUAGUUGCUAGGUUUUUCGGCACACAGUUCUGAAAAAAAAAUUAAUAAUAAGCAUAAUGUUAAAAACAAAAUAAUAACUUCAGAAGGGUCGACUAACUCGCCACAAAAUGAAAAAUUACUUAAUUUAAGGGCAAAAAUUGUACAAUUUAUCUUAAUUUAUGUUGUAUAUAAAUUAAGAUAAGAUUGCUUUUCUUCUGCGAAUGGAAUAUCAGUAUAUCGACCUUGUUCUGAUACCUUCGCACCUGUUCUUCCACUUAAGUGAUCCCAUAAUUUUGUCACUGGGGCACUGUAUAAGGACGAUGCUCCCUUGACAGUGAAAUUCUGAUUUCUUAUAUCCGUUAAGGCACUGUUAAGGGCUUCUGCUGAAUAGAGCAAACCUCUCUCCGUCUUUCGGGCGUAAUUUCUGACCAUCUCUACCUGACACAAAAAACGCACUUGCCUCAUGUGAUAAAUCUCUGGGGCAAGUGCGCAGAUACCUUCGCACCUGUUCUUCCACUUAAGUGAUCCCAUAAUUUUGUCACUGGGACACUGUAUAAGGACGAUGCUCCCUUGACAGUGAAAUUCUGAUUUCUUAUAUCCCUUAAGGCACUGUUAAGGGCUUCUGCUGAAUAGAGCAAACCUCUCUCCGUCUUUCGGGCGUAAUUUCUGACCAUCUCUACCUGACACAAAAAACGCACUUGCCUCAUGUGAUAAAUCUCUGGGGCAAGUGCGCAUCUUUUAAUUACUAACAAAAUAUAACGAGAAAACAUAAAUGUAUCAAAUCAAUUCAAAUUUCUGCAAUACUAACCGAAAAUAUUCAAUAAAAAUUAAAAUGCAGUAAGCGAUACAUGACAAGCCUUGGAAAUAGCUAUUUGUAUAACAAGGGAGGAAAGUGUAACUUUUCCUCCCGAGAAUGAAGUUUACUGCCCGACGCGUAGCGGAGGGCAGUAAUCAUUCAAGGGAGGAAAAGGCACUUUACUCCCAUGUUAUACAUAUGGGUUUUCCACCUUCCUCAAAUAACAAGUAAUUUUUUCAUUUUUAUUUAAUUUAUUUAUGUAACUAACCAACAAAAUUUAUUAGAACUAAAACAACAAGUAGGUACAAUAUAACUGUCAACUGUCAAAUAUAAGUCAAAUUAUUAAUGUAAACAUUGUUAAAUCAAAAUAACAAUUUACUGUUUUUUACCAUUCUGCAAAAUACAGGAUGUUUUAUAAAUAAACGUUAAAAUGUAUAGAUACUUCGUAAUAGAAAAUAGAUAUUAUACAGGGCGUCAAUAAGUUAUAUUUCAUGAAUGAAAUACCAUGACGUCAUUUUUACUUUUCCUCCCUAGGGAGGAAAAAUAUUUUCCUCCCUAGGGAGGAAAAGUACAACUUUGCUCCCUACAAUCAGGUCCGGAAAAGUAUACUUUCGGUAGAGGUAGGUGGAAAAAACCCUUUCCUGCUCUUUGUAUAACCUCAAACGUAACUACCAACAAAACGUGUGCUACUAUGUCGUAAGAUUAACGACGUUGCCACUCACAUGUGUAGCUCUUUCGUUUAAUACUUGCGGCUAAAUUUGAAAUCCGUUCCAUACUGAACUUCACGUUACAAGAAGUUUUAUUUAGUUGAAACCCACCUUACCCUAAUCAUUAGAUACGUAGUCAUAAGAACCAAACAUUUGUUAGAUUUAUAUGUAUUUUUAUAACAGUUAAUUAAAUCGUUUCAUUUCUAAAA